UGUCAUAUGACUUAUACGAGCGCAGGUUGAGGCUGAGCUCAUCACACUCACAGCUGCUGUUGCUAAACCGGGUCACACUCAGUCCGGGGCCGGGCCGUCGUUUAGUGUCUGUCUGCUCUGAGUAACCAUCCAUCCCUCGCAAUGGCUGUCCGCGGUUGUGUGAUCUUGCUCUUUUUUCUGCUGAGUGGUAUUGUGCAUGCUGAUGAUCUGGUGACCUCACUGCCACCUGUAGAGCUCAGUACAAGCAAACUCCCAGUCAGUUCAACAGCUCCAACCACCUCUGAACAUUCAGCUACCACUCAAGGUGGUGCGACUCUAACUUCCACACAGAAGACGACUAUUGCCACCACAGAACCUGCAACUACCACACAACACAAGACAACUAAUGCCACCACAGAACCUGCAACUACCACACAACACAAGACGACUAAUGCCACCACAGAACCUGCAACCACCACACAACACAAGACGACUAAUGCCACCACAGAACCUGCGACCACCACACAACACAAGACGACUAAUGCCACCACAGAACCUCCAACUACCAUGCCUCACAACACAACGAAUUCUACCACUCAAGUGCCAACUACCACACAUACAAAUGCUACAACAGCCCCGACUCCUCCCCCGACUACUCCUCCUGUGCCCAGCCCAACUGUUGGAAGCUACAGCGUCAAGUCUGACAACGUCUCAGCCUGCCUAUUGGCAAAGAUGGGCCUUCAGUUCAAAAUAAGUGGGAAUGGCAGUGUUCAGACUCUUAAUCUUGACCCAAGUCCUAAUGUAACGGAAACAAGUGGAACCUGUGGAAUUGGUGGAAAUGACUCUUCCCUUGUACUGAAGUCAAAGGAAAUGACUGUUAAUUUUGUCUUCAGAAAUGUUUCACAGAAGUUUCGUCUACAUGCUUUGAUAUUCUCUGUUGAUUUUGGAAAUGGGAGCAUUUUCAGAGAUUCCAAUUAUAAUCUAUCUCUGUGGGAGGCAUCUUUUGGGAGCUCAUACAUGUGCAGGAAAGAGCAGAGUUACAACAUCUCCAACAGGCUUACUGUAAACACGUUCGAGCUACAAGUGCAGCCCUUCGCAGUCCAGAAGAACAUGUUUGGCACAGCCCAUGAAUGUUCAAUGGAUGACACCAGCCUCUUAAUCCCAAUCAUUGUUGGUGCUGCUCUGGCUGGUUUGAUUUUCAUUGUUGUGAUUGCAUACGUGAUUGGUCGACGAAGGACCUAUGUUGGAUAUCAGACAUUGUAAUGCAACGAAAUCAAAGAAUCAAAUCCUGAGUGUUUUAAGGGACGCACAAUCUGUUCCUGGACCAUUGAUAAUAUUGUGGGAUUAAUUUAUUUAAUUUUUUUUGCAAUCUCAAUUGGCAAUUUACUCAGGGCCACAGCAGUCCAAAAAUGUCUUUAUAAUAAUCCUCUGGCCCUCAAACUGCAAAACAUUAAAAUCUGAUGAUGCAGUGGCACUCCAGGACCAGAGCUCCCUAUUGUGAAAUAAUUGUGUGCGUGCACCCCCCCCCCCCCCCCCAAGAAGUUCAUGGUCUUGUGUUUCUAUUCUAGCUCUCAAAAUGCAAAUUAAUGCAUAGUCGUAGCACCAUGCUGUUCAAAAUAUUCAUAGGCAAGAACAUUUUGUGGCCAAUUUAAAGUUUAAUUGCUCCAUAUCAUCUAUUAGACAUUCCUUUUGUUAAUUUGAUUAAAUUCUGCCCAUUACUGUGUCCACAGCUUUAAACUGAAACAGUGUUUUAUUCACCUGUCUUGUAGCGUUUUGGUUAAAUAUUAAAAAUGCUUCCAGAAACGGGUUGUUGCUGUGCACUAUAGUGACUUGACAGCAAGAGAUCAAUGCUUUUGUCGGUCAUCUUCUAUUCCGAGUGAGGGAGAUUGCUACUCUUAGAACAUUUAAACAUGCUGAAUAGUCUUUUCAAACAACUACAACUCAAAUUCUAGAACAGAAAAACAAAUGCUCGAAUGUUUAAACUUCAUGACAAGCAUUUUAAAAAUGCAAACCAUUGCAAUAAAAGUAGGCCUUUUUUUUCCAUAUAAAUGCUGUUACUAAAUAGUUUUUGCUUAUGUUUUGUACUUUUUUUUCUUUUUUUAUAUAUAUAGAAAUGGUUUAAAAAGGGAAGAUGAGUUGUAAAUUAAAUGUCUUGUCAGCAUUUACCAUAAUUUUGAAUUCUUUACAGCUACUAUAGCAUAAGACAUGCUGCUGCUUAUACUACUGUAAAUUGUAUUUGCUGCAAGAAUUUUUUGCACCAGCUUGAACCCUCUUUAAAAGUGGCUGUGGAUUAUUUUUCACACGCCAUGGUAAAUUGUACAUGACUUGGUGUGGUUUUCAGUUGCUAAGCCUUUUCAGAAUACAUUAUUUGCUUUCUCUUAUGUCUUUAUUCUUCUAUCGUUUAUCACAUAUAAUGGCUUCAUGUUUUCAGUUUUUUCCUUUCAGUUUAAUUUUUUCUAGUUUAUGCACCAUUCUAAUUUGAUCACCUGCACAGAAUCUUUAAAAAAAAAUCACAAUAGCCAGGAUAAAUUUAACCUUCAAAAUGACUAAUUUUGUGCCUUGCUUGAAGUUACUUAAACUUGCCAUCCUAUCACUUAUCAUUUUUUUUUCCUGAGCAUACUUUUGUGACUGUUUUCUGCCAGCAAACUUGUAAAAGAAGGAUUCUGACUGCCCUAAAAUUGUUUUUUGUUUUUUUUCAAUGGAAAUGGCUGUUUUAAUCUGCUUUUAGCUGCAAUAAAUGGAGAGACAGUUGUGUAUACAUUAAAA